GGCAACUUAUGUACUGGACCGCGGGCCUGGGCUUGUAAGGGCUUGGUCUGGGGCGGGCUUGGGCCGAUAUAAUCAUAACCCGCAAAUUAGCGGGCCUUGCGGGCAUGGGGUUGCGCGGUGCCGGGUUCAUUGCGGGACGGCCCAUAUCACCCGCGGGAUAGCCCAUUGGGACCGCAUCUAGACACUUCUUCGUGUUCCUCACCUGAAAACAAAACAAGAUAGAGAGAGUGAAAAGCGAUGGAGGCAUGGAGCUUCGUCGAUAAUGGUGUGACGAACUGGAGCUCCGGCGAAGGCCGUUCGAUGUCCGAUCGACGAGGCGUCGUCAGUGCUUCUGGUGACCGAAUCGCGUUCGAGCUGCAGCAUCGAAGGUUUCUAUUCCUCGUCGUUCCAUCACCGGAGCUGUUCAUCUUCCUCGUUCCAUCACCGCCUCACCGGAGCUUCUCUUCUACAUCGAUCUACCACUGCAUGCCGUAGAUUAUCACCGAGCCACCACCGGAUCUUCUCUUCUUCACUGAGCCACCAGUGUAGCUUCUAUUCUUCACCAAGCCACCACCGGAGGUUCUCUGCUUCACGGAGCCACCACCGGACCUUGUCUUCUUCACUGAGCCACCACCGGAACUACUCCUCUGCAGCCGUAGCUUCUCUUCUUCACGGAGCCACAACCGUAGCUUCUCUUCUUCACCGAGCCACAACCGUAGCUUCUCUUCUUCACCGAGCCACCACCGGAGUUUCUCUGCUUCACGGAGCCACCACCGGAGCUUCUCUUCUUCACCGAGCCACCACCGGAGCUACUCCUCUGCAGCCGUAGCUUCUCUUCUUCACCGAUAAAAAGGUAGUGGUAUCAUUACUCGUUUAGCUAGCUAAGUAACUUAGUAGCUCACCAAAGACGUUUUUGUUGUUGCAUUGAGUUUGAUGGGGAACAAAGCGAGAACUCUUGAAGAUAUUGUGGACGCAUGCUUGGCAUAUGGAGUGAUGUCUCGAUAUAACAACCAAAGGACCUCGGGUUAGUGCUUCUUACAGAUAACUAGUAAGCAUUGCUAGGAUCACGGUUUAGAUAGGGGAACUCAUUGUUUAGAUAUGAGUCACGGUUUAGGUAGGACUCGGGAAUGUUGUUCGAUCUGUUGUUUGAAUUGUUGUUUGAGAAUGUUGUUUGAACUGACUUAGGAAGUUAGGAGUUAGGACUCGGGAAUGUUUGAGAAUAUUGUUUGAAUUGUUCUUUGAGAAUAUUGUUUGAAUUGUUUUAAUUUUUAAGUUUCCUAAUUUUACAAAAUUUAAUUAAAAAUAGGGAUCAAAUUUAAAAAAACCCUACAUCCACUUAGGUCACGACUCUAGCCGUAAGUUAGAAUAAAAAAACUAAAAAACUAGCAAACUUAGAAACGUGAGUACGUGACUACGUGAGAGACGAUGGGAUCAUCCAGAGACGAUUCAGAAGAGCAAUUCAGUUUGAAUACUGACUACUCGCCACCAGCUACCUGUGACUUGGGGACUCAGCAACUCAUUGCCAGACUUGCUGCAGAAGAAGAAAGGAAUGAUCUGAGAGCUGAUGAGGCUGAUGAUGGAAAGAAGCAAGCACGGAAAAGAAAGUUGAUUAGUCUGGUCGAUUCAGAAGAAGAAUCUGAUGUUGAAAUCACACCUCCAACCCAAUCAACCAAGCCUCGCAGACAAACAACUUAUGGAACAGCCAAGCGGAAGCCCAUGUUACAAUCCACUCUGGAUGGUGGUAGUGGCUCGUCCGCACGGGCUCGUAGUCAGAAGAAUGUUCCGUUGAAAGCCGUGAUUAGGGGAGGAAGAAGAAAGGCAUCAACUCAGCCCUUGUCUAGUGAGGCGCGAAAAAAGAAGGGCUCCUCUAGUCGGUCGCAGAAGAAUAAGAAGAAGAUUGAUGAGGAUAUACCGGAUUUUGAUGAUGAUUUCGAAGAAGUUGAGUUGGAUGAGGCUGAAAUCAAUUUGGAAGAGAUGGAGAAUAGGCAAUGGUCAGACGUUUGGAAGGAUUUCACUGUGGUUGAAAAACCAAAUGGAGAUUUGAAAGCUGUAUGCAAUCAUUGCAAGAAUGAGUAUGCGUGGUAUUCUCACUCGCAUGGAACAAGUGGGUUGAGGAGACAUCGAGGGAGAUGUAAAAUGUACCCAAGGAAUGGAGGAAGGCAGCAACAACUCAAUACCGAGGGUAAAGUAGUAGCUCGCAAGUACGAUCAUACUGUGUUUAGGCAGUUGGUAGCAAAGACAAUUGUCCAGCAUGAUCUACCAUACUCUUACGUGGAGUAUGAAAGAGUGAGAGAGACAUGGAAGUAUUUGAAUGUUGAUGUCCAAUUCAUCUGUCGAAACACGGCGAAAUCAGAUGUUUAUCGUUUGUAUGAAAGCGAGAGAGAGACACUGAAACGUGAGUUAGCGAGUCUUCCUGGACGAGUCUCCUUCACUUCCGACUUGUGGACAUCACUGAAACGUGAAGGAUACAUGUGUGUGACAGCACAUUACAUUGAUCGGAAUUGGAAGUUGAACAGCAAGAUCCUGUCAUUUAGUGCUCUACCACCACCACAUAACGGAAUGAGUGUUGCGGUUCACCUUCUUGAGUCGCUGCAAGAGUGGGGUCUCGACAAGAAGGUUUUCUCUAUCACAUUGGAUAAUGCUUCAAGUAAUGACUCGAUGCAAGACAUAGUCAAAUCGCAGCUGUUGUUAAAUGAUGAUUUGUUAUGUGGAGGAGAAUUUUUUCAUGUCAGAUGUGCUGCUCACAUCCUUAACCUGAUAGUGCAAGAUGGUUUGAAGGUUAUUGGAGGCGCUUUGCACAAAGUUAGAGAGAGUAUUAAGUAUGUGCUAGCAUCGGAAGCGCGGGAAGAGUUGUUUGAAAAAUGCGUGAAUGCUGCAGGCAUAACUGAAAACGCGGGUCUGAUCUUGGAUGUGCAGACAAGAUGGAACUCGACUUACUUUAUGCUUGAAAGAGCCAUCAAGUUCCGUAAAGCUUUUGUUAAGUUGGAGACAUUUGAUAAGAGAGGUUAUAAAGUGGCGCCUACAGCUGAGGAAUGGACGCGAGCUGAUAAGAUAUGCCAAUUUUUGUGCCCUUUCGCAGAGAUCACAAAACUGAUGUCAGGUGCUAAUUACCCCACCUCGAACUUGUAUUUUUAUCAAGUUUGGUCCAUCCAUGAGUGGCUUCAAAUGAAUGAGUGCAGCGAGGAUGAGAUCGUCCGAAAAAUGGUGCCACCAAUGAAAGAGAAAUUUGAUAAGUAUUGGGAUGAAGUUAGUGGUGUUUUUGCAAUGGCAGCAGUCUUUGAUCCACGUUUCAAGCUUUCAAUUGUGGAGUGUUGCUUAGGGAAGCUUGACAUGAGUACACGUGAUGUGAAGUUGAAGAACUUGCGCCAGAAGCUGAGUAUUUUGUUCGAGUCUUACGACAAAAAAUCCAAGGCUAACUCACCGUCUACGGAGCCACGUGAGACGGUUCCACAAAAUGUCACUUCUGCAGGUUCCAUGGGACUGUUUGGAAACUACCAAGAAUUCUUUAAAUUUCGCAAAGUCAACGGAGCUGCUACUGGAAAGACAGCUCUAGAAGCUUAUCUUGAUGAACCUCCUUUGGACAUUGAUAGUUUAGAGAGCUUGGACAUUCUCCAAUUCUGGAAAACUAACACUCAUCGUUAUGGUGAUUUGGCUGCAAUGGCUUGUGAUCUGCUCAGCAUUCCUAUCACAACAGUGGCUUCAGAGUCCUCCUUUAGUAUUGGAUCGCGAGUUCUUAACAAAUACCGGAGCCGUUUACUCCCAAAAAAUGUGCAAGCUCUGAUAUGCACUAGGAAUUGGAUCAAAGGAUAUGAGGCUUAUGAACAUGAAGACGAAAUUGAUCCUGCAGAGGAGACAUUACCAUCUUUUGACUCCAUUGCCAAUGAAGAAAAUGAUGAUGCGGAAGUCUGAUAUUUUUCUUGAUUUGCUGUUUUGUUUUGUUUCAAUUUCUUGGAUUUGUUUGACUACAAUGCUUGGGUUUUUUUGGCUUUAUUACAUUGGUGUUUUGGUUAAGACAAUAUGAAAAUCCAAUUGCUUUU